AUGCUUUUGGAGCGAAUUGGUGGGUCCAAUCCUGGUGUUUUGUAUGGUCUAGCCAAGGUACAUAAACCUUGCGUUAAUGGCGUACCUAAGUUUCGUCCUAUUCUUUCUGCUAUUGGUACUCCCACGUACAAGCUUGCAAAGUUUCUUGUACCUAAGCUUGUAAGUCUCACUAUCAAUGACUAUACCGUGAAAGACUCCUUCAGUUUUGCGUCUGAAAUUGUUCAGCAGAAUCCUAACUGUUAUAUGGCUAGUUUUGAUGUUAAUUCACUUUUUCCGAAUAUUCCAUUACAUGAAACGAUUGAUAUUAUUAUCAAUGAGAUAGAAUCUAAUUCUAUAGAUGGUAUUCCUAAGAAAGAUUUGAAACAUCUUCUUACUCUAGCGACUACCGAGUCUAUUUUUGUUUUCAACGGCGUAUAUUAUAAGCAAAUUGACGGUGUGGCUAUGGGGUCUCCGUUAGGGCCUAUACUGGCCAAUAUUUUUAUGUGUCAUUAUGAAAACAUUUGGCUUGAAAAUUGUCCGUCUGAAUUUAAGCCGAUCUAUUAUAGACGAUAUGUUGAUGAUAUUUUUGUUUUAUUUGAAUCACGUGAGCAUAUUCAAAAUUUUUAUGAAUAUAUUAAUUCUAGGCACCAGAAUAUUAAAUUCACGUUUGAAGAAGAAUGUGAUAAGGUUUUGCCAUUCUUGGACGUUUGCGUCAUGCGUGAAGGUGAUUCUUUUGUCACCAACGUAUAUAGGAAACCAACAUUUAGUGGAGUUUAUACUAACUUUUCUAGUUUCAUACCCAUGGAAUAUAAACACGGCUUGAUUUUUUCUUUACUUUAUCGUUGUUACCAUCUGUGUUUAGACCUUAAUAAAUUUCAUGUAGAAAUAUCUCAGUUGAAGACUAUUCUUGGAAGGAAUGGAUACCCUUCAAAGGUUUUUGAAUUCUGUCUCAGAAUUUUCAAGAGCAGAAAUUACGAACCGAAGGAACAAGUGUCCCUUGCUCCUAAGAAAGAGUUAGUCCUUGCUUUACCUUUUUUAGGAAAGAUUACCUUACAAAUUAGAACACGUUUGCACCGUUUGUUUAAGCAGAAACUGGCACAUUGUAAUGUUAAACUUAUAUUUUUUUCUAAGAGGAGGCUACGUAGCUGCUUUGCCUUUAAGGACAGAAUACCCGAAUCGUUACGCUCCGGACUCGUUUACUGUUUUAAGUGUAGUGGCUGCAACGCCACUUAUUUUGGCAAAACAAAACGCCAUUUUAAAGUCCGUAUGUCUGAGCAUUUAGGUAUUUCUGCACUUACAGGUAAACGCGUUAAACCUGGUCCCCAGGCCAGUGCCGUUCUUGAACAUUUAAUGUUUUGUAAUUACUCUCAAGCAUCGUUUCACAACUUCUCAGUACUUGCGGAAGAGUCUAAAGAUUUUAAACUUACUCUGAUGGAGAGCUUACUAAUUGAGCGUGACUGUCCCAUUUUAAAUAACACGGUAAAAUCUAUGCCUUUAGAAUUACUAUAA